AUGUCCUUCAGGAGUCAAUACCGAGGACAAAAAGGUGCAAGAUACCCAGGGGAUCACCAUCUACCUAGGAGGGUUGAAUAAGUAGAAUCAGAAGACCUGGAGAGGUCAGACAUAUUUUGGAAGGGCAGGCGCGAUUCACUAUCGAAGGAAGACGAAGUCAUGGCGUUCAAGUGCAGGUCCUGUCAGAACCCAAUCAUACUGAUUCUCUUCUAAUUCUAUUUACUUCUCAUGCCACUAUUCCACUCCUACUUUGCACUCCUUCUUUAGCCUAUUACCCUCUACGCCGGAUCCCAGCGCCUGAUCGAGACUCGGUUGACACGUUGGCUUGGGUUGAAGUCGCGCGCCUCGCGGGCACUCGUCUCUCUUCCUUCUUCAUCCAUCUUCCAUCCUCGAUCUUGCGCUCGUACUCAACCCCUUGAGUCGGGAUCCAGGUCAGUCCUUUUGCAAUGCUUGAUCCAUCUUCCAUCCUCGAUCUUGCGCUCGUACUCAACCCCUUGA